CAGCAUCACUGGUACAUGCACAAGAGCAUAUAACAGGGAUGUUCAGGCAGUACACUGUCCAAGGGGAGGCAAGCAAGAGGGGGGGGAAAAGACUUUUUUUUCCACUGUAUGUUCUUUGAAAAGCAAGGCAACAGCAUCUAGACAAGAUGUGUGCUUGCAUGAAUUUAAGUGGAAGAGACAAAGAAACCAUGCCACCAGCAGCAUCGGAGAAAAAAAUUGAAAGCACCAAGCAAUGAGAAUUCAGUCCAGGGAAUCUGAGGGGAAGAAAAAGCAAACCAGCAAGCAGAGAUCAGGCAGGAAAUAACUCAUGUGAAAAGGGAUACUGAAAACUUAGUGUUUAUAUAAUUUUCACAGCAGCAUCACCAUAUGAAAUUUCCAUCAGGAAGUGACGAGCACUACAAUUAAGAUCCACACGACAUCCCCAGUGCUGAAGCUUCUCAGUUACCUCCCUGGGAAACAAACACCUUCCCUUUCUACAGCAUCGGGAGAGAAAAAAAAAACCACCAGAGCAACGUCCCAAUGGGAAUAAUCGUCCAAAACAUCACAGGAAACACGGCUAUGGUAAUUUGGCCAAAAAUGGCCAGUUGUGCCGACAGCUUUUACAGCAUCAUGUACCACCCUAACUGGAACAGCGUGCUAUCCAGUUACUCAAGAAAGAGCUUUCAGAAGGAAGAGAGGGUGCCUGCCAGCCGCUCCUCCUUUGUUGUUGAAAACCUAACUCCGCUAACGACAUACAUCGUAUGCGUGACCUGCCAGUCCGCAAACCCCUCCAGUGACCAGUGCAGAGUUUUUAACACGCUGGAACAAGACCCGGCAUCUGCGAGCAACACCAAGAAAGAGCUGGCGCUGGGCAUCUGGCUCACCAGCAGCGUCCUGCUCCUCAUCAUCGCCGCAAUCCUCCUCUACGGCUGCUUGCACCUCCUGUGCCGCAGGAGACGCGAGCGUUUGCGAGGGCAAAAGGGGACCUCCAAACAAGACCGUGGGAAGGCGUGGACCAAAAGCUCAGCGUACGCCUCGGAGGAGCUCAGCGGGCAGAGCCAACUGAUGCAGGACACCAAGGAAAAGCAUGCAGGUGGCAUCCAGCUGGCCACAAUCAUAGAGAAUCCCUCAGCAUGCAAGGAGCCCAUCAUGCCAGCUUCCAAAAGCUGGGAACAAGUGCCAACGACAGGACAGUGCUCUGCUGUAAGUUAGAAACCUUUUGUCAGGGAGGAGAUUUUUACUACGUACGACAUCCCAACUGCUUCAAACACAUUGCAUGCAUUGUCGGUGCUCACAACGGGGAGCUCCGACCGCUCACCGCAGCACUCCUGGCUGUACCUCCAGUGUCACAUCCCUUUCCAACAGCCCGUACACAGCCAGAGGUACUCGGAGGCAAACGUUCAGAUUCCCAAGAAGCAAGCACUUCAGCCACACUUCGUUAUUUAAAAAUUAAGCAUGUAGCAAAUAAUCAGUUUACAUUUUCAGGGGAUUUUUUAGUUGCUUUUCUUUAGUCUAAAACAGCAAACAAAUAUAAAAAUGAAUCAAAAGUAACCAAGAGACUUUUUUUUUUUUACUAGCAUAAAUAAAACUGAGUAGAAGUUUUGAGACAGCAACCCAGGCUGCUACACUACAGGCAACGGGAACAUACACCCCAAGCGUAUGCAGUGGUUUGCCAGUGUGAGUUUUACCCCCACAAUCCCGACUGCUUCUCAAACUACACAUUACAAACUACUACACUCAAGACUACGCACUUCACUGACCGUGGUGCCCUCCAUAGCUCCCAUCUGAAUGAGGUCAAUCUCAGCAUGUAAGCUAAACUCACCAGGAUUUUAAUGGUAUCCUUUCACCUGUCUUUGAAAUUUCCCCUCGGCCUAAAAACAUAUGCAAGAUGUGACUCUGUAAGGACACUUCUAAUGAAACUAAGGAAAUACCCUGGGUUAUCGUAUUUUGCACUCCUCUGCACCCACCACAAGCCACCUUCUGCUCCAGGGGCGAGUGACUCCCCUGUAGAGGAAACAGAGUUCAGAGAAGCAACUGCUGGCCUUUCCUUCUCUCUUUCUUUCUCUUUCAGUUUUAAUGAUGAAACUCAUUCACCAGCUGCAAAUUUCUAUCCAACCGUACAGUAGGUUUUGUAUAGUGAAGGGGCAAGGAAGUAA